GUCAUAAUGGAGCAGUAAAAAUGUCCAGGGCAGGGAGAAGAACUAAUAUUUUAACAAAUGCAAUUGAAAACAAAAGAAAAACACAACAGACUGAUGCAUCAGUAAUGAUUUUUUUAAUACGUCAAGGUGUCAACAUUUUUCUGUUAAUUUAAUAAGAAUGAACGCUGUUAAUACUAAACGAAUAAUGAAACGAUUUUUAAAAGUUCCUUCCAUUAUGAAAAAUCGCAACUUUGAUAAAUUGGAAAAAUUUUAUGUUCUUUCAGAUUUAUGUGGCUCGGUUGCAACUAUAAAAACUUCUGCGACAAAUAGAAACGUACCGAGACUAGUUCGGCAAGAGCCUGGAAAAGUUGUUUGUGGAUUUAUCCCCCAAGAAUAUUUCUUAGCAUUUCAUUCAAGAACAGGAGUUACAGGCUUUCCUACAUUUCUUUUUACUUUUGGAACUUUCCUGGCUAGCAAAGAAUAUUAUGUGCUGGAACAUGAUUUUUAUGUUGGUAUAUCGUUUGCGCUAUUGUGGAUUAUAAUUGUAAAAAAAAUUGGACCCGAUUUCGCAAAAAGCAUGGACAAAGAAAUAGAUGACUAUGAGAAUGCUUGGAAAACCAGUAGGGAAACAGAGAAAAAGUUUUAUGAAGAUACAAUUGCUGAGGAACAGAAGAAUCAAGAAAUGGCAGAAGGCGAACUUCUUUUACUGGAAGCUAAACGGUUUAAUGUCGCAUUACAACUCGAACAAGAAUUCCGUAAGCGCCUACAUAUAGUUUAUGUAGAAGUCAAAAAACGUUUAGAUUACCAGGUAGCUCUCGCAGCUGUUGAACAAUUGUUUUUGCGCAAAAAUAUAGCAGAUUGGGUUGAGAAAGAAGUAAGAAAAAGCUUUACUGCUGAGAAAGAUCAAGAAAUGAUUAACCAUUGUUUACAAACGUUACCUGAAAUUCUUAAGAGCGAAGGCUUGUGAAAUGAAUAUUAUUUUAUGUGAUGCCCACAUGUACUUAAUUAUUUAUAGUAACUUCUUUUACAAUUUAAUU